UAAAGGCGCGCGCAAAAGGAGAGGGCGGACGCCGCCUGCUUCAGCUCCGCAACCGACGUGGGAACUCGUCUUCUAUCUGCUGCGCCGAGAUGUUGUAACAGAUUUUCAAGGAGGCGCUAAAACACGUGUUUGAUGGGGGAAAGGAGAGCUUUGUUAGCGCACGGGAGAGAGAUUUACGCGGGGGAGGCGAGCGCAACCGCCGUUCCGCCGCCGAGGUGCGCGCACACCAACUCGGCGGGACACGUCUCACGUUCCUCCGGAUGGGAAAGUCUCUGAUGAAGCGUCGCUCUCCAGGCUAUAGUGUGAUGCACAAGCCGGGGGUUGCAUCUGGAUUGUCAAGAACUUACAGGUAUCCGAGUGUUGAAUGCCGCUAGGGUCUCAAGCGCCGGUCAAGGAAUUGCAGAUCAUUAAAAAGACCUUUGCCCUUUUGUUGCUAUGGAGAACCUUAGCGAGCUCCAGAAUCCUUUGUUGGACAAAAAUAGCAAGCACAUGGUCAACGGUUAUGGAGGAGACUUCCCGAACAACCAGUUCCAGGAGAACAUUAUCAACUACUUUGGAGGCGAGAGCGACGGCGGCGGCGGCAGAGGGAAGCCGGUCAAUGUAGUAAGCGGCGGGGGCGGCUACAAUAGCAACGGCAAGAUGAAGUCGCAGCAGCUCUUGGAUGCUACCUCGCUGCAUUUAGCCGUGGAGGCCUUCUACAGGCCCAACUUCAUCUUGUACAAAGAGGACAAUGGCAGCAUCAAGGCCAAGGAAUAUAAAAGCGAGUGCUGUGAGACCACCUUCACGGAGAAGAAGGCCAAGGAGACGUCCAACUCCACCGGAGGGUCCGCGGCCGGCUCGGAGGAACCGCAGGCAAAGGUGCCGGAGGACGGCGAACAUGUCAAAAUCCAGACCGUUUCAUACGAGGUGGAGGAGGAAGAGUACGUUGAGUAUGAGACAGACUGCUCUAGCGACAGCGAGAGUGAGGACAAUUUCAUCGUGGUGCCUCCGAGGGACCACCUGGGCUUGGCCAUCUUCUCCAUGCUCUGCUGCUUCUGGCCUCUGGGAAUCGCAGCAUUUUACUUCUCGCAGGGGACCACCAAGGCGGUCCACAAAGGCGACUUCCCGCUGGCGAACAUCGCCUCCCGACGUGCUCUGUUCCUGGCCGCCCUCUCCAUCACAAUUGGCACAGGAGUCUAUGUGGGGGUGGUGGUGGCACUUAUCGCUUACCUUUCAAAACCGGGACACAUCUAGCCGAUUGCUCAUAUCUGUCGGGAAGAGAAGAGCUGCUUGAAACUUGCAUAUUUAGAGGAUCGUUCUUUGUUGGCUGUACAGAGUUUCCCUGCCACCCUCAUUUCUUUUCCCUGAAGAUUCCCCCCCCCCCGUCAGCCAGAAUUAGCACAGCGGCAGGAAAAGGGGGCAAGCUGGAAGGUGCGGCAAAGAUGAGGAAAAGUUGACAGGAAUGGAUGUUUUCCCUCAUCAUAGUGAGGUUUUUCUCCA